GUCAGUAGAAAGUGGAAUGUAUGGGUACCAAGGGACGUCUCGGCCAUGACCAAGUCCUGCGUGGUCAUCCCCUUCAGAUUCAUGUAUCUGGCAAUACUGUGGCAUCCACAGCAUCUGGUACUUUGGCCAGCCAUACCCACCUGUGGUGCUCUUCCCAGCGGUGGUCUUCAAGACAUUGUGCAUGAAAGUUACAAAGGGCGUACCAAGCUCAUUGGGGACCUGCACCAGAGGAACUGCACCCUGCUCAUCAGUAAUAUAGGUACAGAGCACUCUGGGAGGUACUACUUCCGUGCUGACCUGGACAGGUGCCAACAUCUACACCUACCCAGACUUCUCUGAGCUCAAGGUGCUGGGUAAGCCUUCUGAGAGAACCUGAGAGGCUUUUUUUUUUUUUACUAUGAUUUUUUUCAAUCGUAGGUGUCACAUUUGUGGGCUGGAUUGCCAUUGCCUGGUACCAUAUCUGUUGUGAUGUCUUGCCAACUAUCUGUGGACACUGUUUGGCAUUACAUGGCCUGACUAUGACAAUAGGAGUUGGCAAGCACAAAUAGAUCUGGCACCAGGCUAGGAAUGACCUAGCUGUGAUUAUAAUUAUUAUAGUUUUAAUGAGAAUAGGUACAUAUUGUGAAUUGGUGAAUUUUAAAUUGUUCACUUAUGUCCUCUCUGUCCCCCAGACCAGCCCAACAUUGACAUCCCUGAGGAGAUAGUCGCUGACGAGAAUCUGGACGUGCUAUAA